UGUUUUUAUAGAAAUAUGAUGAAAGAACCACCAAUCAAAGCAGCUUCUUUAGCAGAGGAGGAGCUUGCCAGGGUGCGGUCAGCCUUUGUUUGGAGGGUGUCAACAGAAAUCCUUAAACAGCUCCUGGAGGCCCUUGUAAGUGACGGUGUUUUAAAUGAAUUGGAGAAAGAAUCGAUACUGGAGAAGAACCCAGUCAGAGCAGAUAAGGCACGCUGCUUCAUCGACACAGUGAGGAAGAAAGGGGACAAAGCCAGCAGGACAAUGAUCAGAUAUCUUCAGACUAUAGAUCUCUCCCUUUUCUCUCAGCUGCGUUUAUACUCUGAUUCAUCUGCUCAACAAGAGUCUCUUCAAAAUUGUCAGCCGAAACUUAAAUCCAAACUGAAGAAGAAGUUCCAGUGUGUGUUUGAGGGGGUUGCUAAAGCAGGAAACCCAACCCUUCUGAAUAAGAUCUACACAGAGCUCUACAUCAUAGAGGGAGGGACUGCAGAGGUCAAUGAGGAACAUGAGGUCAGACAGAUUGAAACUGCAUCCAGGGAGCCAGAUAGACCAGAAACAACAAUCAGACAAGAAGACCUCUUUAAAGACUCAUCUGGAAGAGAUGAACCAAUCAGAACAGUACUGACAAAGGGAGUGGCUGGCAUUGGGAAAACAGUUUUAACUCAGAAAUACACCCUCGGCUGGGCUGAAGACAAAGCCAACCAGGACAUCCAGUUCAUAUUUCCAUUCACUUUCAGAGAGCUGAAUGUGCUGAAAGAGGAAAAGUUUAGCUUGGUAGAACUUGUUCAUCACUUCUUUACUGAAACCAAAGAAGCAGGAAUCUGCAGCUUUGAAGACUUCCAGGUUGUGUUCAUCUUUGAUGGUCUGGAUGAGUGUCGACUUCCUCUGGACUUCCACAAAACUACAAUCCUAACUGACCCUAGAAAGUCCACCUCAGUGGAUGUGCUGCUGAUAAACCUCAUCAGGGGGAAACUGCUUCCCUCUGCUCGCCUCUGGAUAACCACACGACCUGCAGCAGCCAAUCAGAUCCCUCCUGACUGUGUUGGCAUGGUGACAGAGGUCAGAGGGUUCACUGACCCACAGAAGGAGGAGUACUUCAGGAAGAGAUUCAGAGAUGAGGAGCAGGCCAGCAGGAUCAUCUCCCACAUCAAGACAUCACGAAGCCUCCACAUCAUGUGCCACAUCCCAGUCUUCUGCUGGAUCACUGCUACAGUUCUGGAGGAUGUGCUGAAAACCAAAAAGGGAGGACAGCUGCCCAAGACCCUGACGGAAAUGUACAUCCACUUCCUGGUGGUUCAGGCCAAAGUGAAAAAGGUCAAGUAUGAUGGAGGAGCUGAGACAGAUCCACACUGGAGUCCAGAGAGCAGGAAGAUGAUUGAGUCUCUGGGAAAACUGGCUUUUCAUCAGCUACAGAAAGGAAACCUGAUCUUCUAUGAAUCAGACCUGGCAGAGUGUGGCAUCGAUAUCAGAGCAGCCUCAGUGUACUCAGGAGUGUUCACACAGAUCUUUAAAGAGGAGAGAGGACUGUACCAGGACAAGGUGUUCUGCUUCAUCCAUCUGAGUGUUCAGGAGUUUCUGGCUGCUCUUCAUGUCCAUCUGACCUUCAUCAACUCUGUAGUCAAUCUGCUGGAAGAACAACAGACAUCGUCCUGGUGGUCAAAAUUUUUCAAUGCACCAAAACUACAGCAUGUCCACCAGAGUGCUGUGGACAAGGCCUUACAGAGUCCAAAUGGACACCUGGACUUGUUCCUCCGCUUCCUCCUGGGUCUUUCACUGCAGACCAAUCAGACUCUCCUACGAGGUCUGCUGACACAGACAGGAAGUAGCUCACAGACCAAUCAGGAAACAGUCCAGUACAUCAAGAAGAAGCUCAGUCAAAAUCUGUCUGCAGAGAAUAGCAUCAAUCUAUUCCACUGUCUGAAUGAACUGAAUGAUCGUUCUCUAGUGGAGGAGAUCCAAAAAUCCCUCAGAUCAGGAUGCCUCCCGGUAGAUAAACUGUCUCCUGCUCAGUGGUCAGCUCUGGUCUUCAUCUUACUGUCAUCAGAAAAAGAUCUGGAUGUGUUUGACCUGAAGAAAUACUCUGCUUCAGAGGAGGCCCUUCUGAGGCUGCUGCCAGUGGUCAAAGCCUCCAACAAAGCUCUACUGAACAGCUGUAACCUCUCAGAGAGGGUGUGUGAAGAUCUGUUUUCAGUUCUCAGUUCCCAGUCCUGUAGUCUGAAAGAGCUGGACCUGAGUACCAACAGCCUCGGGGAUUAUGGAGUGAAGAAGCUUUUAGCUGUGGUGCAGAGUCCACACUGCAAACUGAAUAUUCUAACAUUGAGCAUCUGUAACCUCUCAGAGAGCAGCUGUGAAUCUCUGUCUUCCUUUCUCAGCUACAAGUGUUCUAGUCUGAGAGAGGUGAACCUGAGUGUAACCAACCUGCACGCUCCAGGACUGAAACUUCUUUCUUCUGGUCUGCAGAGUCAGAACUCUAACUUGAGUAAUUUGAGACUGAGUCACUCUAACUUGUCACAGAGAAGCUGUGGAGCACUGUCCUCAAUUCUCAGUUCCCAGUUCUCAAGUCUGAGAGAGCUGAACCUGAGUAACAAUGACCUGCAGGAUUCAGGAGUGGGGCUUCUGUCUCAUGGACUAGAGAGUCCAUAUUGCACAUUGGAAACUCUCAGUCUAUCAGGCUGUCUGAUCACUGAAGAAGGCUGCACUUCUCUGGCCUCAGCUCUGAGCUCCAACCCCUCCCAUCUGAGAGAGCUGGACCUGAGCUAUAAUCAUCCUGGACACUCAGGAAUGCAGCUGCUGUUGGCUGGACUGAAGGAUCCACACUGGAGACUGGACACUCUCAGGGUGGAGCCUGCUGGUGUCCAAUGGUUGACACCAGGUCUGAGGAAGUAUUCCUGUCAACUCACAAUUGAUACAAACACACUACACACAAACCUCAAACUGUCUGACAACAACAGAAAGGUGACACAUGUGGAGGAGGUUCAGUCAUAUCCUGAUCAUCCAGACAGAUUUGAUGUAUGGUCCCAGUUGCUGUGUACAAACAAUCUAACUGGUCGCUGUUACUGGGAGGUCGAGUGGAGAGGAAACUUUUAUAUAUCAGUGAGUUACAGAAGAAUCAGAAGGAAAGGACGUAGUUAUGACUGUGGGUUUGGAAACAAUGAUCAGUCCUGGAGUCUGAGCUGCUGUGAUGAUGGUCCUCUUCGUGUCUGGCACAAUAACAAACAAACACCAAUCUCCUCCUCCUCCUUUUCCUCUUUUUACAUCUCUAACAGAGUAGCAGUGUAUGUGGACUGUCCUGCUGGCACUCUGUCCUUCUACAGAGUCUCCUCUGACACUCUGAUCCACCUCCACACCUUCAACACCACAUUCAUUGAACCUCUUUAUCCUGGUUUUGGGGUCUUGUUUCCUGGUUCCUCAGUGUUGCUGUUUUAAACUAUUCUAAAUUAUUUCUUAUAAACUUCUUCCUCUUCAGUCCUUUAACACUUGAAACACCAGAAGGGGUCAAAAUGACCCCUCUGACAGAAGCAGGAAAACAAUGUCCAGGGGUAUCCACUGUGACCAUGGCUCACAAGUAAUCAAUAAAAGUCUAAGAAGCUCAGAAGAAAUAAUUUCCUACUGUCUGGAGAAAACCGCUCACCAUCUGAUGGAUUAUUAUGUUAUGAUGAACGCUGACUGGCCUCAGUUCAAAUCACCAGGCUACCUGUUGGACAUUCUCAGUGAGGGAUGCAUGGUAGUUUCUUUGGUCUGGGGUAUAGUCUUGUUAGAAGAAUAGUUGAAGUGUCCACGCCACGUCCUAGCUUAUAGCACGCCUCAGAAUCAGUUUAUUAGAAUCAGUUUAGAAACAUUUCCACAUAGUGUAAAUUAUGAUCAAAGUAACUGGACCUUCCUUAUUUUUUUUAUUUGUGUGUUAACUACAGAUAUUUAAAAUCUUUGUGUGUAUCUGGAAUGAGUACUCUCCGUGUUUUAAGAGGGUACAGGUAAGAGCACUUCUUCUUUUAUGUGAAAAAGUGAUCAUUUUUAAAUUAAACAAUUAGCAUAUAAUAUAUUGAUGUAGUGGUGAUGGGUGCUGACAAAUAACUACCUAGAAAAUAAACAUAAAAGCACAAAAAUAGGGAAAGAAAUGGGUGUGGGGGGCACUUCACAGUUACCCAAUAAGAUUUAUAAACAAGGUUUUGGUUGUAAACCAUUAAAUGUUACAUGUUUGCCCACCUUCUAGUGACAGUCACUUUGUAAAACAUGCAACCAUAUUUUUGCUUCAAGAAACAGAGAGACAUACAGGUAAUUUUGCAUCCUAAUGCAUUACUGCACCGUAAACAUCAGUCAAAAUAUUGCGUGGUAUUGAGAUUGGCAAAAAAAAGAAAGGUAAAUAACCAAAGAAAGGCCUCUCAAAGCUUGGGCCAGCACCCCUCUGAGACCUCCAUUCUACAAAAAUUGUGAGAACUCACAUUUAAAUCAUUUGAGCUAUUUCUGUAAAACUCUGUCUUGGUUUUAUUUGUUGCUGUAGAUAGGUAAAUGUAGCCGAUCACCAAAUAAGUAGCGAAAGCAGCAUUUCUUUUCAUUUAUAUCUUUGUCAGUCAGAACAGUUUAUCUCAGCAUGAGGCCAAAACUUUUUUUUUUUUGGAUGAAUUGUGGGAAGCUAAAACAGUGUGUUUCAGCAGAGUACAUAUUUUUUAUUAUAAAGACUUAAGUGGUCCAGUUGUUUAUGAGUAACAGUUUAAUAGAGUACUUCAUAUCCAUGUCCAUAUUUGUACUCUUGCACAAUUCACAAUUUAAGUAGGAUACAAGUAAUUUUACUACAUUUUGCAGCAGCUUAGAGGUAGUUUCCAAAAAUCUGCAUUAUAUACAUAAAAUGUUUCAUGUCAAAAAUUUAUAUUUACUGUAAACUGUAAUAUUUAUAGAACGUAGUAUUUCUUUUAUAUGUUUUCUUAAUGUUUGUUAGCAAAAAGAACUUUUUUGUUUAUGAGAGAGGAUGUAAAAAUGCUUUCUUUUUCCCCUUCAAUGCAUACAUACAAGUAACUAGUGUAUAGCAUCAGAUCAUCUUUAGAGGUUCUUACAUUGACUUGCAUUAAUAAAUUCAUUAUGAUGAAUGCAA